AACACAGGGCUGUUGAACACAUUGGAGAAGCAUUCACUUCAGGAGUCAUAUUGUUACCCAUCACAUCUAUUUUUCCGGGGCAAGUGGAUGUGUGCAGUGAGCAAAUAUUGACAGAUGAAAAUAUUUGUGUCUAAAGCCUUGUGAGACAAGCUGAUUGAUUUUUUUUGAAGGAAGGAGAUCAGUUUGUUGGUCAACAGUCUGCUGGGGAAACGAAAGGUAAGUUCAUAUUUGAUGUUUUUGGAUGGCUUUUAUUUUAGAGAAAAAAAAACGACCAGGAAAGGUUAGAACAAGCAUGAGAUGUGCAAUUGAACGCCACACGAAUUAAUAUAUCUCUUUACAGUGGAUUAUUGAAGGUAGAAUCGUGAAUCAGGAGGAUUUUCAUUGAAAAAAAAAAGAAACUGAAUGAAAUUAUCAAAUGUUUGAUAUAAGGAAUAUUCACGCACGUCUGGAAAUGCUGACAACUUGCAGGAAGCCUAUCUACAGGGAUACUUGUUGUUUAUCAUCGCAAUCCAAUGAGGGUGUGUCUGCUGGCACUGACCACUGUAACCUUCAGCGGACUCGCGGCAAAAAAACAAAAAAAUGUAAAUGUAAUCUGGAAAACGUGCGUGACCACAUUACAGAGUGUUAUCGUGACGAUAAGAGGAAAAACACAGACAUCACAUCUCGUGUGUGAAAAGACAAAAUAACACACACACGCACACACACAAAGCGGGUGAUGAUGUGUCGUCGCACAGAUCAGCAUCAGACGAUCCACAGGUUGAUGGACGCGGCUGAUGGGCGCGCAUGCGUCACACACAUAAUCUGAUGGUGAAAUCUAGUGUUUCGUCUAAACCGAUGGUGCCUACCUGGCUGUGAUCUGUGACAAUAUCACGAUGAUGUUAUAAGGGCGUGGAUGUUGUCCGCACCCAACUUUCUAGAAAUCACUGAAAUCACAACUGCUGCCCUUUAAAAAAAACACUAUCUUGUAAAUAAAUUUCAAUCUACUUCCAGUGACUUGUGAUCUUCCUGCCACGCCCCUUCUUACAGGCUCUAUUGCUGUCCUUAUCUCCAUGUGAUGCACCGUCUUAACCCAUUUUACUUCGGCGCCAGAAUUUUCAGUCAGAUACAGUUACCAUGGAGAUAUCUGGACUCUGAACGACGCACUCUGUUGUCAUGGCGAGCUAACAUGAUUAUGGUAGCAGAUGUAAGUGUAUUUUUCUCCACACAUAUGCCAUGGAGACCUGUGCUGUGGCCUAUUUAGCUGUCCUGUGUUUGUAAAUGAAUGUUGAAAAAGAAGGAAAAAUCAAUGUCUCUUGGUCUUUUUCACUGGGGGCAUCAGGAUCUUAUAUUUAGGCAACCAAAUAGAUAUUGUUGAAAAAGGAUGGGGAGCUCUAGUGCCAAACUCAGGCUGCUUAAACAUAAAAAUACUUUCAGUUUCAUUCUAUCAUUGUAUUUUUGCAAUUUGGAGAUUUUUGUGUGACAUAUUAUUCUCUUCCUUACCAUUGUUUCAUUUCUUACAGUUUUUACCCUCUUUUUUCAAUUUCACACCCUCACCUGUUGUGUCCUGCCAAAUUAUGCCUCUUCCUUAUCUCCCAUUUUCAGUGCCUCCCAGCCCGUCCUUUCUUUGUCUCCACAUUACAGGAAACAGCUUCCUCCUCCUGUUGUUUACUUGCUUUCUUCAUAGAUAAAGUCAUGUCCCUUUUCUUGUCCUCUCCUGUCAGACAAAAGGGGGGUGCCUGGCACUGGAACUAGAUAUUAUUCAAGAGUAGAGCAGACACAGUGUGUUAAGGACAGAUGGAGACGGCUCCUCAGGUGCCAUGUUUCAUAUCCAGGAAGAGAAAGGCUGGCUAUAAGGGCCAAAAAGCGACAUGAUUUAUUACUCAGGACAAUGCGAGUCAGCCAAACUCCCAAGUGGUGCCCUCUGGACAAACGUAUAACACUGACCCAUUAUUAGCUAAAAAUACUCCCUCUUCAUAAGAUUAAUUUCACACCCUAGCAAAUAGACUCACCAUUUUCAAAAAAUACAAAGGUUCUGCAGAGCCGGACAGAUAAAUCAGGGCUGGAUUCUAGUGAUGGGCACGGCAGUUCUUUUAGAUGUACUGAAUCACUAGAAUCAGUUCACUAAAAAGAUUUGUUCAAAAGAUUCGUUCACCAAAUUACCGAAUCAUUUGGCAGGAGAAGCCUGCGACUCUGACCUCCUGAACUGAUACACAGCUGAGCAGUUCAGAACGCAGUUCAAUUCAUAGCUUCUGGGUGUUUGGCUGUGUUGCUUUGGCAAACAGGUUUGUAAAAAUGAAGUUGUUUAUAGGUCAUGAUGUUCUAAGUGUACCGUCCUAUGGUAUGCUAUGUAUCAGGUCAGUGAGUGAUUCAUUCACUGAACGUUUAGAAGAAUUCACACCGAACAUGCACCGCUCCCUCGCAAACCGCUGCAAUGAUAGGAUGCUGCGGGUUUAAUGCACUACUUGUUAAAUGCUGUGUCCUAUUGUAUGCAAGUUGUUAUGGUGGCAAUUUAGUAGUGAGAAAAAAAAGAGGUAGUUUGAUCUGACAAAAAUGAUUCCAGUGAGUCAAGUUCAAUGUGUGAUUCGUUCACCAAGUGAUUCGCCAGCUGCUGGCCUGUCAAUGCUGUUUCUCACUUCAGCGCAAAGGAAGUGAGAAACGAACGAAUCACUCGAAAAGUGAUCCAGUUCAGUACGUUCACUUAAAAGAUUCGGCUCUUUUGAACGAAUCGUUUGCGAAUGACAAAACACCACUGAAUUUGCAUUGCCAAGAAUAUGUCUUUAAGUAAAUACUUUACAAGUCAACAGAGGUCACAUUUCUUCCCACCAACAAACUAACCAAUCACAAGUAUUUGUACUCUGGUGUGAAUGGACAUGUAGUAUUUUUGAGUGUCACUGAUUGCUCGACCUUUGACCUAGGUCAGUUUUUGUCUUCUCCAGAGUUAGUGUAAGUAGUCCAACGAAGCUCUUCGCCCCGAGCACGUAGCGUCAUAUGUACUCCAUUAAGAAGUCUCUCAGAGAGAAGAAUCACAAUCUGCCUUUCCAUUAGUGUCUGACAGACUAAUCUUUGAUGGGAGGUUUUAUCCAAAGAGACACUUCCAAACAGGUGGAAAACACCAAUGAGCUCCUUCUAAUUUAAAAAAAAAAAGAAAAAUAUUUACAGCUCUGUGUUUUCUGAUAAUGUCACAGAUAACUGCAAUUAUCUCCAAGUGUAAAUGUGCAGGAAAACAGUCAAUGUAAAGCCACUUUAGAGCAGUACAGGUAAUGUAAACUGACCUAAGUGCAGCAGCUCAAGAAGUCUUUACAUGACAGUAUUAGACAGGAUAAACAAGCAUGAUCUGCUCAUUUUUAGAGUAUGAAUCUCCUUUUGAUAUUACACAAUAAGAAGCAACAAUAAGAUGAAUUGUUUGGUUUGUAAACUGGAAGGAGCUCCAGGGUGACAACAUUAGAUUUGACUGUUGAUUCAUGUGCAGUAUCUGUAAAGGAUAAUCUAUAGUGAGUGGGUGGUUACGCAAAAUAGAUCCCCAAAAGGUGAGACAAGACCCUGAAGUGAUGCAAAAGAGUGGGCGUAUUUUACUUACGUGUUACCUGGCUACAAAGUAAAGAUACAAAUGAACUGACUCUAAGUGAUGUUAAAAGGUAUUUUAAAGUUUUAUAAGGAUUUGUUGAGCUAAAGAAAAUUGCCACUUAGAUUUGAAGGUUGACAGCACUUCCAUGGCAACAAUAUUCUGAUCUGCCUACUGCGGGGGAAUAUGCAUUAAAAAUAGCUCUUUAGUCACAAUGAAAUCUCAGCAUAAACUUGCUCAUUUACAUGGUCAAAAUAAACAUUUUCAUUAGUAAAGUCGGUGAAGUCAAAACAUCGGCAGUCUUAACAGAUGCAGGAAAUAACAGCAGCACCUUUAGGUCUAUAAUGUCUCUCUCCUGCUAACUUUACUGUCUCGUUUGCAUUUGAUUUUCUCUUAGACGGCCCCAUAACAUUUGUGGUUUGUUAUUGCUUCAUGUCUGUUCAGCAUGGUUGACAUCUCUUUCACCAAGCUCAUCAGUUUCUACGCUGUUUUUCUGUUCAGUCAUUUAAUCAUGAGGGUUAGAUUGGUUCAUGUCCCCUGAAUAAAUUGAAGUUUACAUAUGUUAUUUAGUAAACCAAUUUAAAACACAAAUAGAAAUGUUCAGCCACCAUGUUAACCAAUUUAGACAAAUACGUUUUUGCGUCAGUGUGGAGUGAGAUGAAAAGUGCCACGACUCUUUUCUGUGGAUUGAUUUGAUGUGACGUGUGAUGUAUUUGGCCCUUGCAUCACUCUUGCAAUUCAGGAUUGAUUUAGGGUUGCUGGGUUUCAACCAAUAAGAAUCAAGUAGUUUCACACAACAGGAUAAUGAGUCAGAGAGCCAAGAAGUAAAAAUUGAUAAACAUCUUAAAAAUCUUAAAAGUCAAGCAUGUUUUUUUCCCCUCUCUUUAAUGAUAACAGAAAUAUGCUGCUGAUCAACAACAUCACUCAUGCCUCACAGUGAAAAAAUGUCCACCUGUUGUACCUGAUCUGGAUCAAUGUUUAUUAAAAUGUCAAAAGUGAUAUGAGUAAUGAACAGUCUGGGGUCAACCAAUACUCCUGACAUAGGAAAAAUGAUAUCUCUCUCAAGAUGUGUAGAUGUGACAACACACCUCGAACACCUGCCAGAUCUCAUCUUUCACAUCUGAGGUUGACUGCAACGUUAUGUAAAGGUGCAACUAUGUAUGCACCAUGUACUCCCUCCCAAUCUGUGAGAUAACAUGAUUGAAAAAAACUAAAAACAAGCUUCAAAGCUUUUGAAAUGAAACUGUUUAAAAGGAGAAGAAACCGUCUUUUGAAUCCAAGGUUUUGAAAAUCAAAAUUGACAUCAGUAUUUCAGUAUUUAUACUUAUGGAGGAGGUGAUGCAACAUUUAAAGAAAGAGCUACUUACAAAAUUCAUGAAGAAAUGAUAGAUCUGCUUCUUUAAAUGCAAAACAUGUCCUCCACUAAAUGUUGAUACAAAAAAACUCAUUUCUUAGUCCAAAAUCCCACAUGGCAGGUUUAUAGAUUUAUAUAUAGGUGGUGGAAAAUCUACCACAGGCCAUUUUUUGAGUCUCAUAAACACCGUGGAUACAGUGCUGAGUCUGUAUGAAGGCUCACAAAUCAGAUAUAAGAAGCACAAAUAUACAAACAUCAGCUGUGUAGGAAUGCUACAGCUGCUACCUCUGCUAAUGGCUGUAAUGGACUAUUUUGGCUGUAAGUGCAUCAUGCCCGCUCCUGCUCAGACGGCUGAUGUUGUGCACAGUCAGGUGGGCAAAUGGACAUAAAUGGAUUCAUUAAAUAGGAUGAAUAGAAAGAUGCCAGUGUAUGAAGGCAGACGGGUCAGCUGUUCAGACAUUAAACAUGGUGGUAAAGCCUCCACUGAAUGAAUGAAAUGAUUGGACUCCUGCAGUAAAGCAGCUUCUACAGCUCAGGUGUAUUUUUUCCCCCUGUUGAUUUGUUUCUUUUUGUGUUGACGAUUCAGUGAGCACUUCUGACUGACUGACGCUCCAUUUAGUUGGUUUGAUUGCCUCUAAAUGUUGAUGUAUAACCCCUUUUGUUUGCUCAGGAGAGUAUAAAAGGAAAUUAGACCACUCAUAGAUACUGAUUCAUGAGCUGUUGUUGCAGCCAGAUCUGCAUUUGCACAAUAGUGAGUGCACUUACCAUAAUCCAUCUGGCAUAUCCUGCCAAGACCAACCGUCCUACCACACCUUUCAAAAUAGAUUUUUUUAUUUGUUCAAUUCAAAGACCUCAGUGUUUUAUAUCUUACCAACAAUAUGUUUCCUGUGUUUUUCUUUUCUUUCUUUUUUAUGUUUUUAUUCUUAACAUGAAAAGGAAAGGAAGAAAUCCUGAGCCUAAAUCUAAUGAACUUGGACGUUAAACUGAUUGUCAGACAUAAGCAACCCAUACUACGUGCUACUCAUAAAUCAAAGUUAUUAACUUGUCCAAAUAAAUAAAUUUAAAAAAAAAGCUGACCCAAGGCAGAUUUGAAGUCUGUGAGAUCAGAUUAGAGAAAAUAUACUUUUAAAAGUAAGUCAGUGAUUUAUUACAAGUUGUCUUAAAAAUUGUCACAGAAUAAAUACAAAAGAAGCAAACUCCUGCACACCAGCUGUCAAAUACAGUACUAGCAGCAGCUGAACACUAUUUUUAUAAACAGAUCUUGCUGCAUUAGUUCUGCGUGUUACAAUGCUGUUGAUAGAAUAAGUAGGUUUCAUUAGUGGCAUCAGGAAAGGUGAAUUAAUUUUUCAAAUCAAUGUUGUUGUCAGCACACCUUCCUCAUACCAACUCUGCAAAAGUCAGUCCUCCGGUCGAACCACCUCAGUCAGAAAAAGUCCGGACGCGCCCUGGUUUUGGCACAAUUGUGCACUCAGCCUAUUGUUAAAGCCAAAGUGCCAACGUGUUCAGGCAGACAAUUUUACCAGUGUGUUGUUAAGCAGUAAGUGCUCACCAUUUUCACCUUCCUCAGUGUAUUAGCAUUAUAAUAUGUUGUUAUUUGCUCUGAAUGCUAAUGACAACUCAGGCUGCUGCUUAUUUCAUGGGCUUUGGAGGUAGUUGCUGAUAAAAAAAGGCUUUUGACUUGCAGUAUGUGGCCUUCAGUUGCAGUCAGGACUCAGUCUUAGACAUUCAUCUCUUUUGCUCCACAUUUGCAUUGUUUUUCUGGAUGCUGUAUGUAAAACUUGUUGAGAUAUGGCAGUCUAGAGCUCUGUUACUGACUGAAUGACAAACUAACAAUGCAGCAACUAAGGCUGACUAUUUCUGUGGACAGCAGGUAACCCUACGGGAUGUGUGUGUAUUUUAAUUUUGAAAAAUAAAACCACUGAACAUGCUCUGUGGGAGCGGACGUGCAUUGCAUGAUUUAAAUGAAAUUAGGUCAAGGUUGUGUGAUGUCCACAGGGAGUAAGGUGUAAUCUCUUCCAGAAAAAGAGAACAUGUAUGUGGGCUCUGAACAUGCACCAUUAUAUAAAGUAGAGAUUAUAUCUGUGGGCCUUUUACAUCACUGAAACUUCAGGGGUUUGGAUGGAGGCGGUGCUCUGUGAUGGGGUUCCUUGUACGGUCACACUGUCUGCCGUGUAUAUUAACUAUAAAUGAUGUGAACCAUUGUUUUUGUGUUUGUGCAUUUCAAAUAUACAAACACCACACCUUUCAUUCUCUCUCACCCUCCCUCUUUAUCACUCUGUGUCAACAGUUGCCAUGGAAACUAUUUUGCUCUUCCUCUCUUCUCUCCUGGUGUGUGUGGCUGGUAAGUGUCCCCCCCUUCUCAUGAAACACAAACACACACUCACGCACGAAAAAAAAGGACACACAUUAAUGCAAACACUACUUGUCCACAGGGGGGCAGUGUUGGGAUAGGCAAUGAUGUCACACUGAGAGACACUGGCUGGGUGUGGGCUGAGAGCAAAACAGCAAUUUUACUACUUUAGGGCUUUAUGUGUUGGCUUCCUAGACUGGCAAGUCACAGUGUGGGUGGGAGUGUGUGUGUGUGUGUGUGUGUGAGAGAGAGAGGGAGAGUGAUAGGUCUGUUUGGAGUGUGUGAUUAAAUGUAAGACAAGGAGACACAUGCUCAGACUGUCACACUCUGUGAAUAGAUAACGUGAUGCUGUGCUGUGAAUGUGUUUGUGACACUUUAAGGUUGUGUAAGGUAAAACAAAGGCAGAUACAUCACUUGACUGACACAUACUUGGAUGUAUUUUUCCUUGUGGUUGGUAAAUCCCUGUGUUUCGAUCUUUUUUCUUUUCUUUCCACCCACUGAAUAAAACCAUCUCCUUUCUCCGCUGCCUCUCAGCUGUGACAGACCAGAGUACACAGGGUGAGUACUCUGGAUGUUUUCUCUAAUGGGGUCACACCCCAGUCCUCACAGCCUCAUAGAUGGCUCUGAUGGUUUCCAGAUCAAAUCAGACUCUUGUGGAUUUGCCCGUUACAGCUCAAAUUGACAGAGGUGUGGAUUAAGUCCAAAAGUGACCUGAUUCAUGUGAUGCAUUGAGUUGAAAUAGACUUGUGGGGAAUAAAAUCAAUACGGUAGAGAUGCAAUUGAUUGUUUUGUAGAAGAUCGGUAAAAGCAGUUCUUUAUUUCCCCUUUGGAUACAUAACCAAGAGUAGAUAUUGUCUAAUAUAAGAUGCUUUAACUAUAGUUCUGCUUUUUAGACCCUUUGGAACAAAAACUUUCAGCCAUAGACACGAUCUACAAACCCUUUAAGCUCUUGUGGGGACUUAAAAGCUUGUAAUUUAACGUGCAUCAAAUAGAAUGUUUCUUUAUGACAUACAAAAUGAAACCAACAAUACGAUACAAUGCAAUACGAUAUGAAACAAAAUGAUACAAAACGAUACAAUAUGAUAUGAUAUGAUAAGACAAGAUACAAUACGAUACGAUACGAUAAGGUAUGGUACGAUACAAUAUAAUACGAUACGAUACAAUAUGAUACCCCUUAUUGUCCCCUUAAGGAAAUUUGUCUUGGAUACAAUAUGAUAUGAUACAAUAAGACAAGAUACGAUACGAUUCAAAAUGAUACGAUACGAUAGGGUACAAUACGAUACGAUACAAUAUAAUAUGUUACGAUACGAUACGAUACGAUAGGGUACAAUACGAUACGAUACAAUAUAAUACGAUACGAUACGAUACGAUAUGAUACGAUACGAUACAAUACGAUACCCCUUAUUGUCCCUUAAGGAAAUUUGUCUUGGACUUCAGUGCUGCACAUGCUGAACUGCAAACUAGCAACAACCCACAUGCAAACAGGGAACACAUACAAAAACCACCGCGGAAAACAAACAACAUAUUUAACACAUUACCCAUAUUUUAUGAGAGGACAGCAUUGGGAGAGAAAGAUAAAAGCAAAGUUCAUCACUGGAAUUAUGAAAUGUCCAUUUUGAAGAUAUAAAAACUACCAUUUACAGUAUGAGCACUGUAAAAACAGAAAUCAAAGAUAUGAAUUCAAUCUCAUGGUCCUGAUUAUGCAAAGUACUUUGAUUGAUGACUUUGGAAGAUGAUGACACCAUAGAGUACUCUGACUGAAAUAAUGUCUCAUGGAUCAUGCUUUGAAGUUGCUGGAGCAAUAACUUGUUUCUGAAUGAGUGUUUUUUUUUCUUCUCAUAUUUUCAUAGACGACAAGACGGAAGAUGAAAACCCAUUUAUAUAUGGUAAGCAUACAGUUUACUUAUGCAAAUCUUGUUCUGCAGCUAAUCGUUGAGCCGCAGGGACACUUAACUUGUGUUCUGUAUUGGAUGGCAGUUGUUUCUCCUCUUUCAUGUUUCUAUGUUGUACGUCUGAUGUUCUUCUGCAGACUAUGAGACCCUGAGGAUCGGUGGUUUGGCGUUUGCGGUGGUGCUGUUCACACUGGGUAUUCUCCUUAUUCUCAGUAAGUCUAGCUCUUCCUCUGCAUUUGUGUAACAUUUUAAUAUGUGUUCAUGCACUCGUUUAAAAAGAAUGUUAUUAUCGGUUAUAUCAGUGAAAAAUGAUCAUUUCUGUUAUCAGGUAGAAGAUGCCGCUGCAGCAUCAACCAGAAGCCCAGGUACAUCACUUUCCCCCCUUGAUUACAAAAACAAUGAACCAUGACUUGGUUUUUAUUGUUAUUGACAUGAAUUCUCUCCUCAGUGCCCCUGGAGAUGAGGAACAACAGGAGGAGAACUUGAUUGUCUCAAAGGGUGAGACCUCACAUCCCUGUCUGCCACUUUCACCUCAUUUAUCUAGUCAAACCAUUUUGCCAGUCUCUUUAUUUUCCAUCUCUGUUUGUGUCCUGGAAUGGGAUCUUCUUGCAGGAAAGUAUCUUGACUGCCGUUUAUUCUGUCACAUGUAAGAUAUUGUUGGCAUAUUAAGUGCUGCAUGAACAAAGGGAUGUCAGAACCAAAGUGUUACAAUAUAAUAGGCUUAUAGAGAAUAAAAGAGAGCGAAUAUAAGCUCGCUAUGACCCAAAGGUAUUUUGAGAGGAUUAAUCCCUUAACACAGCUGAGAAGUUUCCAAAGGGAAAAAAGAAAGGAUGGACUUUUUUUGGCGGUAUCAUUACAGGAUGUAUCAGUCAACAGAAUAGUGCAGAGAAGCGCUGUUUUGUUAUGUGAAGAUUAUGUAAUCAGUUUCUUCAUAGAAUAUAGUAUAUUUGUUUUGAGAUUUAUCUUAUGGAGCAGAGGACCAAUUUAGAGUAGAUUCUACAGUUAUGUCACUGCAGUUAUGGAGGCAGAAAAUCACAGAGAACCUGGCCCUAUCCUUCCAGUAGGUGUUAAAUGUCUUGUUGUGCCAAAUGUAAGAUAAAAUCUUAAAAUGUAAGAAUAUUUUAUGUUGUAUUUAAGUGAAUUAUGAUAUAAACAGUUCAAAUACAGGGCAUGUAGUGAGUUACAUGCAACCACAGGCAUGGGGAGGACAGCUGACAGGGGGGCAUACUGUUGAACUUUCAAUAGGUUUUAAGUUUGAUUUUAACUUCUGGUUAGUUUGAACAGAAUUAAAGGAUUUACUAUUACUGAAGUUGAUGUCUUUAUUAAUAGAUAUAAUGGAUAUCAGAGUGUUUUUUUUUAUUGCUCUCAAUCCUAGCAGGUAGUGCAUAAUUUGAUUUCUUUAUUAUGAUGGCAUCUUGUACAACCUUCUGAGCGGCAUUGUAUUUAGUGUCUUGGAUGUCACCACUCAGUAAAAACUAUUUUAAGUGUGAAGAAGUUUGUAUGCCUUGAGUUUCUCUUCAGUAUAAAGGCUUGGUUUCUCCACAAGACAUAUCCAAAUGUCUGCAAACUGUAACUUAACACUUAGGAUGAGCUUGACUCUCUAAUCAUAGUGGUCCAUAACUUUCUAAUUAGCUGUGGCUGAAAGAUACUACCAGCUAAUUUUCUGCCACCACUUUGGUUCUGCCUGUCAGAGACGUUCACUCUCUUUUUUCAAACACAAAACUGACAUAUAUGGAGAGACGUUUUUCUUGGUGUUCUUAAUAAUACACUCAAAGAAUUCUUGAGAGGAAACAUCUCCAACACACAAACUUAAAAAUUACUGUCUUGUUGGUUUAAUGUGUUGUACUCUGAUUAACUGGCUCUUUAUUGGUGUCUUUCAGCUGCAGCGGCUGCCAAAGAGACUCCAGCAGAAAACUGAGGAACUGCACUGCCCUCUGGAGGAAUGUUUGAUUUAGUAUAAAGCCACUCUAGGGUUAAAUAAAUGGAUUAUUAUUAUAAUUAUUAUUAUUAUGAUUAUGGUUAUGUCAGGGUAAGAUGUAAACAUUUAGAAGUUUGAUAUGUAAAAUAAAUCUCGCCUGUUGUGUUCCUGUUGUGGCCGUGCCAGUCCCUCAGUGCUCUUGUAUGUUCCUGUGCCUUUCUGUGACAGUCCUACUCCUAUUUUUUGUCCGAGCUGUUAGCACCUUUGACACAUGAUUGUCUUGAAAGCAGGUAGGAGAAUAUUUAAUGUUAUGUGGUCUGCUGUUCUACGUUUCUAUCUAUUGUCUUUUAGAUUUUAGUAUUUGUCCGUUUGUUGUUUAAUUUGUCACAUCAUGGUGGUCAUUUUCCUCUGAAAUCACUCAGUGGGUCACACGUAUUGUUUUGGCACACCAAAGCAUUAAUAAAAAUUUUAAGGGGUUUCUUUCAAGUAAAAAGAAAAUCGAAAACCUGUUGUCCUAAAGUUUCACACAUCUUCUAGCCAUGAUAUUAAUCAGAUUGCUUGGAUGACAAAUAACCUAAAAUGCAGCAGUUUCGCAUUGUAGCCGUAGCAGCUUUCCACUUGAAUUGUGAUGUCAGAGAAAAACACAUGUUGUGUGAGUAUGGUCAACUCUUAUGGAUAAAGUUUGUUAUUGAAUUAUAACAUUUAUGCAUAUAUACUGUACACAUAUAUAAGUAUUGAAAUUAUACCAAUAGAUAACAGAUAAUAUACAGUUAAGUACUGUUUGUUGAGGUCCAUGUUUGAAUGAGUAUAUGUGUUUUUUGUGUGUAUUUACGAGUAUAUGUGGGUGCACAUGUAUCUUUCUGUCAGUGUGAUCAGCCUUAUGUAAGACAAUCUGAACUGCCAUUGAAGUAAAGCUCCUCCACCACAUUUGUAGUGGAGGGAGCUCUUGUAUCAGCUGUCUCACUGCCUCCCUCUCUUCUCCAUCACUGGCUCCACCUGGAUUAACUAGCCCACAAACUAUGAUUAGUUUCUCCACACACACUUACUCAGUCUGAGAAACUCAUGUCUUUUUUUUUCCUUCUUCAUGUCUCUUAUUUUGAUUUAAUUACUUUACCACAGGGCUUUGAAUAUUUAAAGAUAUAAUACAUAUCUUAAAAGAUAAGACAAAGUUCAAGUGAUGAGUUUGAGAGCAUUAGUGUAAUUCAAAGUGAUAUUAUUUAUGUGAAGACUAUGUUUAGAGUAGCCCAAUGUAAGUGAAAAAAAAAAAAGCGAGAGUGAACAAAAGCAAGCUCCUUUUUGUGUCGGGCUUCACCAACUCAGAGUUCAACCUGUUGGAAAGACGACUGCUGCACAAGUACAAGCAGUGUGUACACUCUUUACAUGAAGCCCCAUUGUGUAGCAACUUGCUGUGCUUUUUGCAUAAAUAAAUUGUGUCCAACCACAAAUAAUAA